CCACAGGCUUCAGCAUGGAGAAACUGAGGCUUGGAAAGAUGAAGUAAUUCAUCCAAAGUCGCAGAACUGGUGAGCACCAAGUUGGCACUAUGGCAGGGCUGGGAACCUGCAGCCUAACCAGCGCUGCCCUGAUCAUCCUGCUGCUCCCAGGAAGCCUGGAGGAGUGCGGGCACAUCAGCCUCUCAGCCCCUAUUGUCCGCCUGGGAGAUCCCAUCACAGCCUCCUGCACCAUCAACCAGAAUUGCAGUCACCUGGACCUGGAGUCACAGAUUCUGUGGCGACUGGGAGCAGAGCUUCAACCUGGGGGGAGACAGCAGCGCUUGCCUGAUGGGACCCAGGAAUCUACCAUCACUCUGCCCCACUUCAACCACACUCAGGCCUUUCUCUCCUGCUGCCUGCACUGGAGCAACAGCCUGCAGAUCCUGGAUCAGGCUGAGCUGCGGGCAGGCUACCCUCCUGCCACACCCCACAACCUGUCCUGCUUCAUGAACCUCACAACCAACAGCCUUACCUGCCAGUGGGAGCCAGGACCCGAGACCCACCUGCCCACCAACUUCACCCUGAAGAGCUUCAAGAGCCGGGGCGACUGUCGGACCCAAGAGGACUUCAUCCUGGACUGUGUGCCUGAGGCCGGGCAGAGCCACUGCUCCAUCCCUCGCAAACACCUGCUGUUGUACCAGAAUAUGGGCCUCUGGGUGCAGGCAGAGAACGCACUGGGGACGAGCAUAUCCCCUCAGUUGUGUCUUAAUCCCAUGGAUGUUGUGAAACUGGAGCCCCCCACACUGUGGACCCUGGACCCCAGCCCUGAGGUGGCCCCACCCCAGCCUGGCUGCCUGCGGCUGCGCUGGGAGCUAUGGAAGCCAAGCCUGUAUGUGGAACAGAAGUGUGAGUUGCGCCACCAGCCGCAGCGUGGAGAAGCCAGCUGGGCACUGGUAGCCCCCUUACCCCCCGGGAACUUCCAGUAUGAGCUCUGCGGGCUCCUUCCAGCCACAACCUACGCCUUGCAGAUGCGCUGCACACGCUGGCCCCUGCCUGGCCACUGGAGCAACUGGAGCCCCAGCCUAGAGCUGAGAACCGCCGAACGGGCCCCCAUUGUCAGACUGGACACAUGGUGGCGGCAGAGGAAAUUGGACCCCAGCACAGUGGAUGUGCGGCUGUUCUGGAAGCCAAUGCCCCUGGAGGAAGACAGUGGGCAGAUCCAAGGAUACCUAGUCUCUUGGAGCCCCUCAGGCCAGGCUGGGGCUGUCCUGCCCCUCUGCAACACCACGGAGCUAGACUGCACCUUCCACCUGCCUUCAGAAGCCCGGGAGGUGGACAUUGUGGCCUAUAACACAGCCGGGAUAUCUCGUCCCACUCCAGUGGUCUUGGAGAGCAGAGGCCCACCCCUGGCCAAACUCCAUGCCAAGGCCCGGGACCCAUACAGCCUCUGGGUGGGCUGGGAGCCCCCCAGCCUUCAGCCCCAGGGCUAUGUGAUUGAGUGGGGCCUGGGUUACCCCAGUCCCAGCAGCAGCAAUAAGACCUGGAGGAUAGAGCAUAAUGGGAGCAUUACGGGGACUCUGCUGCAGGAGAACAUCAGGCCCUUUCAGCUCUAUGAGAUCACUGUGACUCCUCUGUAUCAGGACAUCAUGGGACACCCCCAGCACGUCUACGCCUACUCCCAAGAGAUGGCCCCCUCCCACGCCCCAGAGCUGCACCUAAGGCACAUUGGCAAGACCUGGGCACAGCUGGAGUGGGUGCCCGAGCCCCCUGAGCUGGGGAAAAGCCCCCUUACCCACUACACCAUCUUCUGGACCAAUGCUCAGGACCAGUCCUUCUCCACCAUCCUGAACACCUCCUCCAGUGGCUUCAUCCUCCACGGCCUGGAGCCCGCCAGCAUGUAUCAUGUCCACCUCAUGGCCUCAAGCCAGGCCGGGGCCACCAACAGUACAGGCCUCACCCUGAUGACCUUGGCCCUAGAGGGGUCCGAGCUACACAUCCUCCUGGGCCUGUUCGGCCUCCUGCUCUUGCUCAUCUGUCUCUGUGGGACUGCCUGCUUCUGCUGUAGCCCCAGCAGGAAGAAUCCCCUGUGGCCAAGUGUCCCAGACCCAGCCCACAGCAGCCUGGGCUCCUGGGUACCCACCAUCAUGGCAGAGGAGACCUUCCAGCUGCCCAGCCUUCGGGACCCUGGCAUGCCACCCAUCACCAAGAUCACAGUGCUGGAGGAGGAAGAGAAGAAGCCGGGGCCCUGGGAGUCCAGUGACAGCUCAGACACCUGUGACCUCCCCGCCUUGGUCCAGGCCUAUGUGCUCCAGGGGGACCCAAGAGCAGCUUCCACCCAGCCCCAGCCUGGCAUCAAUGACCAGGUCCUUUAUGGGCAGGUGCUGGGCAGCCCCACAGGCCCAGGGCCAGAGCAGUACCUUCGCUGUGACUCCACUCAGCCUCUCUUGGGUGGCCUCACCCCCAGCCCCAAGUCCUAUGAGAACCUCUGGUUCCACACCAGUCCCCUAAGGACCUCAGAGGUCCCACCCCCAAGCCAGGAGGAUGACUGUGUCUUUGGGCCACUGUUUGACUUUCCCCUCCUGCAGGGGCUCCAGGUCCAUGGAGUGGAGGGGUUGGGGGGCUUCUAGGGCUUCCUGGAACAUCUCACCUAGGCUUGCCUCUUGAAAGGCCUGAGCUAUCCAGAGGACAGCAGAGGGUCAAUAAGCCCAUCAUUAAAAACUACCCCAGCCCUAGGAAAGGCAGAAAGGCUCCCAAUCUGUUCCUAUAACCCAAUCUCCAUGGGCUGGGCCUCCCGGGAAACCUGUACACCUUAAGGGCCAGGUAAUGCUCCAUCCAACCCACUCACUAGCCUCUCGUGGUUGUUAC